ACGUGCCAUCAACGCAGUGCAUCAAUGAUACUGAAGCUGAGAAACCGCCACAAGGUUCUCUGAUUUCGAUCUUCUCCGCCGGCGAUUCACCAUCUCAGAGUUCGAGCUCAGAGAGAAGAGAAUGAAAUUAGCUCCGAAAGUAAUAUUUCUCAUCAGAGAUUCCGAGGGUUUCGCCUCAGCCAUUUCCGGUGCUCUUCGCCCCAACCCUCCUUUCACGGUUUCCACGCGAGAUGAAUGCUUCGAGUUCUCCCUGGAGAAGUAUGGAAUCAAAGACCACAAGGCCUCCGGGAGCGUCAUUCACUAUCUCGAUGAUAAGGGAAUCUAUCUGGUUUCAGUGUUGAUCUUACAAAGUUACGAUCCUCCAGUCUUGGCAUGUGCUCUAAAUGAAGUUCUUUCACAUAUAGCAGGAGAAAGUUCACCCUCUUCUUCAAAACCCGCUAUUGUAGUCCCAUUUGUUAUUGCAUCCUCGAAGCUCAAGUGGGAGAACAAAACUCUCACUAAAACUGAUCAGUCUGUUCUUCUGCACGGUACUGCGAUGGGUCCAGAAACCGAUAUUUCUCGAACGUUGAUUGCCAAAGUCCAGGAACUGCCAUCGACUUCACAGAUCUAUUGCGAACAACUGGCCUGUUUAUUUCACUUGAUUCGCUUCUCGAACAUUCCUGCUUUUUUCCUGGUUGGACGUACCGGUCGUAUUCUUUCCAAUCAAGCUGCAGGAGAAGAGAUUCAGAUUCUCUGUGGUUUCUUGUCCAGAUAAUGAGGGAAAUGGGUGAGCUUUUAGCAAGCUCAUUGCCACUCAGCUUCUCAAGGGAAGAAAUCGUUUGGAAUCCAAAAGAAACAUCAAAAGAUGUCCAGGAGCCAUGGCGUGCAUUAUAUGGCUGAUGACAAUGUCACUCCCAAAUUUCUUCAAUCGUCUUCCUAUUCUCUCAUCUCCGGCGGUUCAAUUCCGAUCAAAACUCCGUUUACUGCUCGGAAUCUCAUGAACUCUUACCGCUGAAUUCCGAAACCUCUCUCACCCAUUGAGCUCUGUAAUUUCACCUUCCUCCAAUGGCUUCCAAGGAACCCGAAGAAGCCGCCAACACCACUGAGGAAGAAACUCUGGCCUUCAAGAAGAAACGGGCCCGACGCGUGAGCUUUGCCGACGUUGAGAUCACUUCCGUCCAUAUCUUCAACCGUGACGAGGACUACGAGACCCCUCCUGAGACCCAAGCCACUCCCGAGGCUGCUACUCCGGAUAAUGAGGUCCUGGGGUUCUUCAGGGACUUGGUUGAUAGCGAUGAUUCUCGCGAAUCUUCGCCUAAUUUGGAUGAUGAUGUUCUUGGGCAGAGGAGAUCGUUUUUGAGGCCACUUGGAUCGCCGUCGCCCCGGAGCAUUUCUGCCGGCUCUGCAACCUCCAAUGAUGAUGACAAUUUUUUUGGACCUGUAUCAUCGAGUUUCAUUAAAUCCAGGCGGCUGUCUGAUUCUGCUGCCUCUGAUAAUAAUAACGAUGUUACAAUGGAUUCAAAAUCAUUUUCAAUGCAUUUUCGUAGCCUUGCUGGGUCAGACUCGGGGGCGGAUCUUAGGACUCCCACAGCAUUUCGGCUUGCAUUUGAAGAUAGAACACGGACCCAGAACACCAUGCCUACUAACCCCGACAGUUUUAUGACUCUAACGAUGGCUGACAAGCUGAUUUCUCCAUCUUUGCAGUCUGAUGAUGUGGUAAGAAGUAAAGAUUCUAAUGCAAUGAGUAUCGUGGGAGAGGACCCCCAUAAAUUUGAUUAUGGGAGAUUAUCUCCAUCUUUAGAUGCACUUUUGACUGAAGGAAGCAGGGAUCUCUCUGCUGUUUCCGUGGAUGAAAAAUUGUCCAAUCAGAUUGAGACUCGUGAAGUUGAUCAGAUUGGACAACACAACUCUGAUGAGGAAAUUUCUGAGGGAAACGAAAAAGAAAAUGGAAGCAAAGAAUACACCAAACAUGCAGUUGAGGGAACUAUACUCAAUAAUGGCACGCCCCAUAAAGUUUUUCGAUCCAAUGGUUUGUUGCAAGGAAAUUUGUCAGAUGGAGGCGUUAAUGAGAAUUUUCUGAUGGACGAAAGGCUCGAGACUCAAAAUAACAUUGACUAUAAGCUGAAAGAUGUAUCUACACUGAAUAGAUCCUUACCUGUGGAAUGGAAAACAUCCUUUGCUACUUUCAAUUCACCUUCAUUUGCCGCUCUUAUGACUCCUAACUCAAAGCUGUCAGAUUAUAGAAUGAGUACAGGAAGCAUGAAGCUUGGCAAGGAUCUGUCGUCCAAGCAGAAAAUUGUUUCCAAGUUCAGACUUCCAGAACCUUCACCAUGUGUUUCAAGUAUUAAAGAAGGAACUGACAGAUUGAAAUCCAGACUAUCAAGUUAUUUAGUUAACUUGAGUGGUCGACCUGAUCGUUUCAAGGAUCUCAAAUGCAAAUACACAGACAUUCCUGUUGUGCGUUUAGAAGAACGACUUUCUAGAGUGAAUGAAAAUGGUGAAUGUCAAAGUUCAUUUAGCAUUGGUGGUAGUGUAGUCGAAAAUUCAAAAGACUUCCUUAGGUUGAGGCAGAGUGAAGAGCCAAAAUGUGUAACUGAGGUUGGAGAAACACCAGGCUCUAUGGCUCUGGCAAACAUUUCCCGCUUGCAACCUAGUCAGCCAGCUAUAGAAGCGAAGUCACCCGCUCAUGUUACUUGGUCUGUGAAAAAGGAUAUUACUCCACGUAUGACGAAGUCAGAAGAUCGUUUAUCGGGGUCAUCUACUAGUAAUAAAAUUGAUGCCUUGUCAACAGACCUUAAACCUGAUGACAAAGAACAGAAUAACUCAACUAUUAUACAUGAUACACCUGUUUCAUCUCCUUUGAAAAGUUCGGUUGUGAGAUUAUUAGGAGCCACUGAAUGUUUGACUAGUUGCUUUGGUGAACUGAAGCAGUGUGACCAACAAGUCAAGCAUGUUAGUGAUCGUCUGAUGCUAGGUGGAGCUGCUGACAAUUCAAGUUCAUUUCAAUCCAAAAGUGGAGCUGUGUCAACUUCACCGUUCAAAGGUUCGUCUUUGGUGGAUGCGGCUGCUUAUGGAGUUAACCUUUCACAUUUGCAGGAUAAUUCUGAAACCUUCAGCAAUUUGAAACUUUCUUCAAUAGAUGGGAACAUACAAAAUUCUCGAUUGGCAAGUCCGGCUAAGAGAUCCAAUGUUGGUGUUGUUUCACCACAGCUUCAGAAGGCUUGGACAAGUGGAUUAUCCCCUCUGCAGAGUCCCUUCAAUGGAAUGCCAAACUACAGUCCCAGAAGGAUAAUUUCAACCCAGACAUCGUCUGGCAAAAAAGAGACCGAUAUUGUCAUCUCUAGUAAGUCAACUCCGAGUCCCUUCAGGAACAAACAAUGUCAGAGUUCUGCAAGGAAAAGGCCAUUUCAAAGUUCCUUCAGGGAUGAUCCUUGUGCAGAAACAGAAGAUGAUGGGACCUUAAUGAGCAAAGUUUUGGCUUCUCCAACAUCCAGUUUUGGUGGACAUACUAAUCAUGAUUAUGAUCAAGCUAGCCAAAUAUUGGUGAAUUCUUCAAGGAAGGCCAAUCACAAUCUUUCUGGGAGCAAGAGAAGAAACAUUGACAUGGUUCCUCUUGAUGGAGAUCACGAUGACCAUGGCAUAAUAGCAAGGAUUCAGCAAAGCCCGAAACUUAAUCAUAGUGGAGGUCGUAAUUCAGACUCAUCGUUAGAAGAGUCCAAUCAAAUGAGCAAUGGAAGCAAGAUGAUUGAGGUCGAUAAAUGUAGAACACAUAUGCAUUGGACAGAUAUGCCAAUAACUUUUUUAGCCGAUAUAAAAGAUUUGCUACCCUCAUCAAUCAACAAAUUGAACUUGAAAGCAAUUGAAACGCUUGAGGAUACUUUGAUUCACCUUUUGAAGAUUAAAGAAUACGAACUGCUGUGUUCUGAAAUCCAGUCUCAGAAAGUAACGGAGAAUCUUGGAGCAAUGCGUAAAAGAGCUGUGGAAGCUAGAUCGUUGAUGUAUAAAGUAGCAUACCAAAGAGCAAAGCUUCAGUUGGUGUAUGCAAAGCGAGAUAACUACCUGAAUAGAGCACAGUCAUUGAACUCUCAUAUUGAGGAUUUUCAAAUACUGAAGAUGAACUAUGACCGCCUCACGGAAUGUGGUUCAAAGAGUGGUCAAGUUGAUGACAGAAAUAGCCUUUCAUGCUCAAUUGAUUCUGAGGUCAGGGAUGAGGCCUCCUAUGAUAGAGCCAGCACAAUAAAGCAAGAAUUUGAAUCUUUGGAUGGGAAGAUAAACACAUUAAGUAAAUAUUUUUCAACAUACUGUAAGUUGAAAGGAGUACCUAUUUCAACUGACAUACUUGAAUCAGUUAUUGAUCAUCUAAGGAAGAGAAAGCUCUGCAGGUCUAUUUAUCAGGAUUUGCAGAUGUGGAAAGUAGAUGAUUUUGAGAAAAAGAAUGAUCAUUACACCAUACUUCUCAACUACCUUAAUUAUGCCUGCCAAAGGAUUACAAUUAAAGAUCCACUCCCGAGUGUAACCAUUUUAACUACAUUGAAUGAUACCCAUAUUGAGAAGAACUUUCCAGAAAUGAAUGCUUGCAGUGCAUUUGCUUUUGUGUUAAAUGUUGAUAAGACGAGGAAAUGUAAUUCCUCAAGGCAUUUGUCCAAAGAAACUCAAAUGAUGAGUUCUUUUCUACACAACCUGCUGGAUGUGAUUGAGGAGAUGCAGAUAGCCCAGAUAGAGAUUUCAAAUCUCAUCCUAAUAAGAUUCUACUCUCCUUCAGACGAGCAGCUUGAUUUGCAACUUAGUUUCAUUGACUUCCAAAGUGGCAAGAAAGUAAAUCUGGAUCUGGACGUAUCAGAUUUGAGUCGAGGGAUUUACCCUUCUGAAGUUCUUCCACAUAAGGUUGAGUCUCUUGCUUCUACUCAGUACACACUCUCAGAGUCACUGUUAAAUGACAUUAGAACUGCAGUUGGGAAUUUAGAUGCUGGAUACUCGAGGAUUUUAGGAGUUUGUAGAUGUGUUUCAGAGGUUGUACAACGGUCAUCAAACCGACAAUAGCGUAUUCUCAGUAUUUCUACAUGCUUCUGGUAGUUCCACAAUGAUGGUAAAAUUUAGUCUUGUCAGGUAUUUCCCCUCGAAAAUACACGGAGGAAUUGUAAUUUUGACUGACACGUUGGAUAAGUUCCAUCAUGAUGUCUGUAUGUAGCUGUUGCUUGCUAUUUGACCAAAUACAUCUAAACUUUGAAUCAGAUCAACAAUGAUAAAGAUUGAGAUUAUCAGUCUUAGUUUCAUGA